AUGAGUGGAACCAGGCGUAGUAGCAAACGGAGUAAGCCCGGACGCGGGAAUGGAGACGGGGACGGGAAUGGAAAAGAGUACGACUACAAGGUAAGGUACCCGUGGUACCGCGUGAUCCUGACACAAUCGAGUGUGAGGACAGGUAGUUCAACCCAAGUGGAUAGCAGAGCAUCAUUUCAGAGGUUUGAAGAGUUUGGUCGUCGAAUCAACCUUUCAAGCUAUCAGCAGAAAGUGGUGGAGAGACUGCAUGGACGGAUGAAUCAGUGGGACCCUAGUAGUAGGGAGGUUGAAGAUGACGAUGUGAGAGCACUUAUUGACUUCAUCGGGUCUCCAAUCCUCACAAAAGAAUCGUCUCGAAACUUUGAGCAUACCAAGCCAACAUUACCAGAGGUUAAGACAAAUGUCUACAUGUUUGCAAGUCUGCCUCCUUGGCAACAGGCUACAUACGUCUUGCACCAACGCGGGCUAAAUGGUAGAGGUGUCGAAGAAAUGGUACCAGGCGUAGUAGCGAACGGAGUAAGCCCGGACGCGGGAAUGGAGACGGGGACGGGAAUGGAAAAAAGAGUACGACUACAUGGUAAGGCUAUAAAGGUUGCUGAUGCAAUGUCAGACAAGAAGGACCCAGACAUGGUACCACUUCAGCAGGCCCUGUCGGCCUGGGAGAAAGAAUUUCGCACUCAUGAGGACAAAUUGGGUUGGACAAACGAUCUCCCCGAGUUGACAGUAUGGACGGCAGAUGGGACUCAGAUUGAGGCUCUUGGUGACACAAAGAUACUAUACCAGUGUUGGGAGAGAGCGUCCAACACUGACAUGUUUCCAAACAAGGACGAGCUGGCUGCUAAUUUCUUGGGAUGUGUGUUAGGUGUUGCAAACCUUCUCAAUCAAGGAGCUCCGGAUCCUGAGGAGGAGGAGGAGUCAACCCUUGCUCCAAGUUCACCUGGACUUCCUUGUGACACGGAGGGUUUAACCCAGCUAAACACACCGGAUGACAUCCUCCAUGUCUAA